AUGUCCAUUGCUCACAGAAGGGGGGAUGUUUAUGGUGAUAUUGAUGUUGAAUUUGAUGAUGAAAUUAACCACCAUGAGGCUGAUGUUGAAGACCACCAAGAAGAUGAUGUUGAAGACCACCAAGAGGCGAAUGUUGUAGACCACCAUGAACCUGAUGUUGAAUACCACCAAGAAGACCAUGUUGAAUACCAUCAAGAAGUUGUUGUUCAAGAUGAAGUUGAGCAUCAUGAAGCUGUUGUUCAAGAUGAAGUUGACCACCAUGAAGUUGUUAUUCAAGAUGAAGUUGACCACCAUGAAGCUGAUGUUGAAGUUGACCACCAUGAAGCUGUUUUUGAUCAACAUCAACCUGUUUUUUAUAAGAAUUUUGUUGCCAACAAGAGGCGAUUACCUUCUGGGAGGAUCAUGAAACUGAAGUUAAGGAAGAAGGUGGUAACAAAAGAUGGAAGUGGGGAAAGUCAUGAAUCAGUCACUUUAAACUCGGCUAGGUGUUUUCUAUUAGGAUUAUGCCAAACACUAUGA